AUGGGAGGUAUUUUUGGAAGAACUAAUACCUUCGGUCUCACGGGUAGACCGUUGAGAGUCGCCAUUACUGUAUUUGCUACCGUCGGUUUCUCUCUUUUCGGUUACAACCAGGGUAUGAUGUCUGGACUUAUUACUGGUAAACAGUUUAAUCAGACUUUUCCAGCCACAGACAUGAAUGCAAAAGGUGCCAACGAACACCAUGUUACUGUUGUGCAAGGUGCUGUCACUUCUUGUUACGAAUUGGGAUGUUUCUUUGGUGCUUUGUUCGCUCUUUUCAGAGGUGAGAACUUUGGAAGAAAGCCAUUAAUUGUCAGUGGAUCUGUGAUUAUCGUUAUCGGUACAAUUAUCUCAGUCACUGCAUUCGAAGGCAGCUGGUCUUUGGGUCAGUUCGUCAUCGGAAGAGUCAUCACUGGUAUGGGUAACGGUUUGAACACUGCAACUAUUCCUGUGUGGCAGUCCGAGAUGUCAAGAGCAGAGAACAGAGGUAGAUUGGUCAACUUGGAAGGUUCCGUUGUCGCCGUGGGUACUUUGAUUGCCUACUGGUUGGACUUUGGACUUUCCUACGUGGACACUUCUAUCCAAUGGAGAUUCCCAGUGGCUUUCCAAAUUUUCUUUGCUCUUAUUUUGUUCACGGGUAUCACCAACAUGCCAGAAUCUCCAAGAUGGUUGAUUUCCAAGGACAGAAAGGAUGAAGCCAUGGAGGUUUUGGCUGCCUUGAAGGGUUUGAGCAUUGAUGAUGACGAGGUCUUUGCUGAAGCUACCGUUGUUCAAGAUGCUGUCACCAGAUUCUCCAGAUCCCAGGUUGGUUUCAAGACUUUGUUCUCUGGAGGUAAGACUCAGCACUUCCAAAGAAUGGUUAUUGGUGCCUCUACACAGUUUUUCCAACAGUUCACAGGAUGUAACGCUGCUAUCUACUACUCUACUGUGUUGUUCGAGACCACCAUUUUCAACGGCCAAAAGAGAUUGUCUUUGGUUCUUGGAGGUGUCUUCGCUACCGUCUAUGCUUUAUCAACGAUUCCUUCUUUCUUCUUGAUUGACACCUUCGGAAGAAGAAACUUGUUCUUAACUGGUGCUUUAGGUCAAGCUAUCUCGUUCACUAUCUCGUUCGGAUGUUUGGUACACACUACUCAGAACUCUGCCAAAGGUGCUGCUGUGGGUAUCUUCUUGUUCAUUUUCUUCUUCGGUUUCACCAUCUUGCCGUUGCCAUGGAUCUACCCACCAGAGAUUAACCCAUUGAGAACCAGAACCGUUGCCACUGCUGUAUCUACCUGUACCAACUGGAUCACCAACUUUGGUGUGGUGAUGUUCACACCAAUUUUCAUGAACACCUCUGCAUGGGGAGCAUACUUGUUCUUCGCUGUCAUGAACUACUUGUUCAUUCCAGUCAUCUUCUUCUUCUACCCGGAGACUGCCGGUAGAACUUUGGAGGAGAUUGAUAUUCUCUUUGCUAAGGCACACGUUGAUGGUCGCCAGCCAUGGAGAGUGGCAGCCACCAUGCCAAAGCUUUCGCUCAAGGAGAUCGAGGAGCAAGGUACUCAGCUUGGACUUUACGACGGCGACUUCGAGAAGGAAGGCUUCGAGACCAAGGAAGAUGUAUCCUCUACCUCAUCCAAUGAGAGACAGGAGGGUGUUCUUCAAGUCUAA